UAUCAAUGAAUAUUUUUUUGAAAUAGUUAUUCUUAGUUGUAUGAGUCAUCCUGUAUUUCUAAUUUGCAUUAAUAGUAAUACUAAACAGAUAGUUCUUUCCUAUUAUAAAAAAUGGCGGGAACUUUCAUGCAUAUCUGUUUUGUUGUAUUUUAAACUAAUAAUAGUGAUGAAAAUGCUGGGAGCUAUUUCUUGACAUUUUUAAAUAACAAAUUGAGAUUGUUUAAUAUUUUUAACAAGUUUCGGAAAUUUUUUAAAAGAUACAAGUAAUUAUAUAUCAUUAUAAAUUCUUCCUAUGUUUUGAUAUACAUUAACCUCAAUUGUUUACCUUAUAUAUCAUCUAUAAUUGAUAUAUGUGUAAAGAUGUCUAUAUUUAAAGGAAGAAGUGAUAUUGAAGUAUUAAUUGAAGAAACAUUGGAAGACAUUUGGAAUAUUACAUUAAAAAUAAAGAAAGAAUUGGAUAUAAUAAAUGAUCUUGUAAAAGAUAAUGGAGAUUUCACUACAGCAGUCAUGCGAACAAAUCAAAAUUUACUAAAAAUAGUAGACAAAGAAGGUAUAGAUUUAUCUGCUAUUGAAGAGGAAAAAUAUGAAGAUAGUAAUAUUAAUGAUACUACAAGUAAGAGUGGAUCAGAUAUCGUAGAUCCUCUUACCCCAGUUAUAAAUAAAUUUUCAAAGAUUUUAAAAAAUAACGAAUAA